GCUCAACUGGAUCGAUUUUAUCGGGGACUGGAUAAAUUUCCAAUAGUAUUAGGUAAACACAUAUCUGGAGUAAAUCAAAUGUCUGCCCAGGGUGCUGAACCAAUACAGUAAUCUUUGCAAUGAUCACUUUCUACAAAUUGGGUCGAUAUAUUGAUGACAUGAGAACGAACGCAGUAAUGUGUUAAAUUCCCAAUUCAAUGAAACAGAACGCAUUGUUAGGGGAUCCAAUUUGAAUCACCUAAAGCUUCAUCAAGUUUCAACUGAAUUUACAUUGUUAUAGUUGAUCGAAAAAAUAGAAAGCAUUGUUGCAGCAUUUGCACGCUCUUCCAAUUUCCAACAUAUAUUUUGGCCGGCUUAUACGUGUGGACCACCAUCCAUCAAAAUCUCAUCAAGAAUUAUCGUGGCCAGUAAUGGAAGAAGUUCCAUUUCCAACUUCAAUUUCCAUAGGAAACUUAUUGCAGUUGUGUACAAUGCGAAUCAAAAACUCAUACCUUAAAAGAAAUAUAUAUAUAUAUAUAUUUAUAUUUAUAUUUUGUAAAUGGACAAUGGCGCACAUCGAGUGCUCGCAACUUUACCUAUUAUUUCACUUUUAUAAGGUUUAGCCAGGAAAUCAAAAAGAAACUAUCAAGCCGUAGGCCAAUGUACGUUUCAUUAAAUUAUUUGUUUUUCAUCACAUCCGGUCGUUGGGGGGUUAAUUAUUUGAUGGAACUUUUGAUUAACAAUUGUUAUCUUUGGGAAUUAAUGUUAUUCAAGCCAUUUCCACAUGUACGAGAAAAGCGUCUCUUCUCUUUAUGAGAAGUUUCUCCUCGGCAGCUAUUAUCAACAAAUCAAACACACAUCUCGGCCACGUCCAGUGUGCUUUCUUUGACAACUGAGAGACUGAGUGCUCAAAAGAUGGCUCGGAAGAGCAAUAGAACAUCACCGGCAACAAACUUCCAGGUCUUCCUGAGCUUCAGAGGACCCGACACCCGCCAGGGAUUCACGGAUGUCCUUUACCAUGCUCUUGUAGAUGCCGGGAUUCGUGUAUUCAGAGACAAUGAGGAGAUCCGUAAAGGCGAGUAUAUCAGUGAAGAGAUCCUGAGAGCCAUCGAGGACUCCAGGAUCUUCGUCCCCAUCUUCUCCAGGACCUAUGCUUUCAGUAAGUGGUGCCUCAUUGAGCUCGCAAAAAUGGUGGAGUCCAAGGAGGGAUCGAGCUGCAGUAAAAGGAUCCUUCCCAUUUUCUAUGAUGUGAGCGUCGAUGAUGUCAAGCUUAAGACGGAGUUGUACACUGAAGCUCUAUCAAUACACAGGGAGAAGUUCAGUACCGACAUACUGCACCAGUGGGAGGAGGCUCUUCGAGAAGCUGGAAAAAUCACGGGAUGGGAACUGAAGGAUAAAGGUCAUGCAGAAUUUGCUAAGGAAUUCGUCAGGAAGGUAUCCGUGGAGUUGAAAGUGAAAAAAAAAUAUGUGACUGGGAGCCUAGUUGAGAGGAUUGAUGAGCAAGAUGCUCUUAUAAGCUUGUUGGAUCUAAAGUCCUCUCAUGAUGUUCGGUUGGUCUGGAUCCAUGGAAUGGGGGGUAUCGGUAAGACAACACUUGCCAAGGCUGUUUUCAACCGACUCUGUGAUCACUUCGACGGCUGCUGCUUCCUUCUAGACUGUUGGAUAAAUUUUUAAAUCUAAAAAUGGGCCUAAAUUCGGACUCGAGCCCAUAUGCAACCCAAAAGCUUAAGCCAAUGGGUUACUGGGCCUUUGUCUUUUAUAAAGUUUUCACAUAUUUUCUUUUCAACCGAUGUGGGACAUUGUAUCCUCUCACAUCACUAUUUUUUCUCCAACAUCCCGCCCUCACGUGGUAUCGUGUCGUCUUACACGAGACACGUGACGCUUACACUCGAGCCUACCGGUCACACGGACGGACCCGUGCAUACAUGCGCGUUAUGCGCACCUCAUGGCACGAAGCCGCCUUACACACUCAGGAUUAUAACCAUGGGCUCUGAUACCAGUUGGAUAAAUUUUUAAAUCUAAAAAUGGGCCUAAAUUCGGACUCGAGCCCAUAUGCAACCCAAAAGCUUAAGCCAAUGGGUUACUGGGCCUUUGUCUUUUAUAAAGUUUUCACAUAUUUUCUUUUCAACCGAUGUGGGACAUUGUAUCCUCUCACAUCACCAUUUUUUCUCCAACAUAGACAUGCGAGAAACAACCAAGCGCAAAGGUAUUGAAUAUUUGCAGAGACAACUCUUGCAAGAUCUUGGUGUUAAAUCAGCAGACAUCACCGAUGAGAAUGACGGGAUCUGGAUGGUCAGUGAAAAAUUGCAGAACAGGAAAGUUUUGGUUGUUCUCGAUGAUGUAUACGACCUGGAACAAAUCGGGAAGCUGGCUGGAGAGGCUGGUUGGUUUGGAGAGGGAAGCAGGAUAAUCAUCACCUCCCGGAAUAAAAAGGUUCCUGGGUUUGAAGGAGGAAGAGUUGAGAUAUUGGAAGCAGAGCCAAUGAAAUUUGAAGAAUCUCUCCUCCUUUUCAGCAGGCAUGCCUUUGGGAAGGAGAAUCCACCUGAAGACUUCCGCGACCUUUCAGAGGAAGCCGUCAGAAUUACGGGAGGGCUUCCUUUGGCUCUUGAAGUAGUAGGUUCGCAACUUCGGACAAGUUAUGAGCAUCGUGACCGUGUCCAUUGGAAUAAUUUAAUUGGUACCUUACGGAAAAUACCAGCCAGGAAGGUCCAAGACAGGCUUAAGAUAAGUUAUGAUGCCUUAGACUGGGAAGCGAAGAAGAUAUUCCUUGAUAUCGCGUGUUUCUUCAUUAAUGAGGAGAAAACAAAAGCAAUUUACAUGUGGCAAUCCUGUGGCUUUGAACCAUAUUUGGCAGUGAAAGAGCUUGUCGAUGCGUCCCUAAUAAAACUCGCAGAUGAGAACAAGUUCUUGAUGCAUGAUCAGCUACGGGACCUUGGAAGAAAAAUUGUUCGUGAUGACGUGUUGAAGGACCCCAGAAAGCCUUGCAGUAGAAUUUGGAUGCAUGAGGAUGCUCUAAAAGUGCUGCGGGAAGAAGAGGGCAAAGAAAAUGUUGAGAUGCUUUGUCUUUCGUACAAUGAACUCUCUGAAGAUUAUGCCCUUACGAAACUGGAAUUGAAGAGUUUCAAGAAUCUAAGAUAUCUCAGUGUUUGUGGAUUGAACUCUUUGGGAGAUUCAGAGCAUGCCCUCCCCAAGUUGAUAUGGCUUUCAUGGCAUUCUUGUCCUGACGUAUUUCAGGGAACUAAUCUGUAUUUGAAGAAUCUGGUCGUGCUUGACCUCUCCAGAAGUCUCAUUAAUGAAACAUGGAAAGGAUGGAGCCAAAUUGGGAUGUGUAAGGAGUUGAAAGUUCUAGAUCUCACAAGUUGCCCCCGCUUGACCAAGACGCCUGACCUAUCAGUGUGCAUGAAAUUGGAGAGACUAAUACUUCAAGAUUGCAUGAAUCUGGUUGAAAUAGACCGUUCAGUGGGAACAUUCAAGAUUGGCUGUCCUUAUCUCAGAGACAUUCCGGAAGAAAUAUGUUCUUUGGAUGGUGUCGAGGAGAUAGUCAUGGUAGCAAAAGGCAGCUUCCAAGAUAUGCUCAAUCUUCCGGACUUCAUCGGAAGACUCUCCAGGCUUAAGCACCUGUCUGUGAGUUUGGUAAGGAGUACACCUCCAAACUCGCUUGGAUAUCUCAAAUCACUGGCUAAGUUGGACCUGUCAUGGUCAAAGAUGGCCGAACUACCUAAGUCCAUCGGAGGACUGGUGAAACUUGAGUAUCUGUCUUUACAAUUCUGUAGAGGAAUAAAGGAGCUCCCAGAUUCGAUCGGGGAUCUGAAAUCGCUGGCCGAGCUGGAUAUUUCAAUGUCAGGAAUCACUCGACUGCCAUCUACAAUUAAGUAUCUGCAGGAACUGAAAGUGAUAAAUAUGAGAGGCAGUGUUAUCGAAUGGAUUCCCAGAUCCAUUAAGAAGCUGAAGAAGUUGGAAAAGUUGGACAUCCAGUACUGCUAUCAUCUACGAAAUAUCUCAUCGGCAAUUGAGGGGUUCCCUUCCUUGCUAACGGUCUCAUGCUCUGCCCCCAGAGAUGGGAUUUGGAGGACAAUGGAAGAGGAUUGACAGUUUCAGCAUCGCGUCGCCUGAAGACGAAGUUGAACGCUGGCCAUUCUCUUUUACCACAGAAGACGACUCUGAUUGGAUAGUCGGAGUCAGCCCUACGACCAAUCCCGGCACGCCUGACCAGCCCGUGAAGCCCAAGCGAGGC